AUGAAAACCCAUAUUCAUAGGGCACACUGUGUAAAGAGGAAUACCCACAUUUAUAGGGCACACUGUGUAAAGAGGAAUACCCACAUUCAUAGGGCACACUGUGUAAAGAGGAAUACCCACAUUCAUAGGGCACACUGUGUAAAGAGGAAUACCCACAUUUAUAGGGCACACUGUGUAAAGAGGAAUACCCACAUUCAUAGGGCACACUGUGUAAAGAGGAAUACCCACAUUCAUAGGGCACACUGUGUAAAGAGGAAUACCCACAUUCAUAGGGCACACUGUGUAAAGAGGAAUACCCACAUUCAUAGGGCACACUGUGUAAAGAGGAAUACCCACAUUCAUAGGGCACACUGUGUAAAGAGGAAUACCCACAUUUAUAUGGCACACUGUGUAAAGAGGAAUACCCACAUUCAUAGGGCACACUGUGUAAAGAGGAAUACCCACAUUCAUAGGGCACACUGUGUAAAGAGGAAUACCCACAUUCAUAGGGCACACUGUGUAAAGAGGAAUACCCACAUACAUAGGGUACAGCGGUGUGAAGAGGAAAACCCACAUACAUAG